GCUAACAGCUGCCGAGCGACCUGACAAACUGGCACCUUCGUGCAACAUAAACGCCAUUAACUUGAUCUGUAAGGAUUGUUUUCACGGCGUGUGAAAGGAAUUAGCCUGGAUCUUGUCGAGACUGGUGUUUUUGGUGGACGCAUCUUCAUGUUUCUGUAGCGUUGCACACACGGGGAGGACAGAAUGUCGAGGCCGCGUUCGAGGUCACCCUUGCAUCCAUACAGGCCCUCAUCUCUGUACAGAAGGAGCCCGGCAUGUCACGAGGACAGACGUUACAGCAGUGACCGCCAUCAGGAGACGUCAGAAUUCAUCCCGAGAGACCCGAGGAGCGCGGUGGACCACGCCCACUGGGACGGCUGGGACAGGACCACUGCCAGCAGAACCGUGCCGAGGGCGGAGCUUAGAGAAGAGUAUUUUCCCGAGCCCCGGAGGCGAGCACGCUCCCCUGAUCAGUGGCGCGGGUUUCCCCCGGACCGCCCCAGAUUCUCCCCGCCUGUGGAGUUCGAGGAUCACAGGGGUAGCCCCCAGCCCUCGUUCCAGCUGGGGUACGCUGAGCGUCACAGACUGUCCCCGAAAAGGCGGUACCACACCCCCGACGGCAACGAAGGCAGGAGAGCGGGGUCUCGGGACGAUCACCAGCGAUUUCCGGAUGACAGGGUGCGGCAUUCCCCCCGAAGAUUCUCCCGCGAAGGCUCCCUCGUGGAUCCCUACAACUCGGCCAGCCAGCGGAGGGCGCCCUCCCCAGGAUGGCACCGUGGCGGGCGGAGCCCCGGGUCAGAGCCAACCCCGGGCCACACUCACAGCCCUAGGCCCAAACCCGGCCGCUCCGCGUGGGUGGAGCCCUGCGACCUGCCGAGGAACGUACCCAAUAGGGAGGCUGGGUUUUCGGGCGAACUUCACAGGAGCCCAUAUUCUGAGAGGUACGCGGAGGAGCCCGCGUUCAGGGAGCGGCGUCGCUCGACAGAGCGGUUACGGGAUGUGAGGCGGCCAGAGGCGCGUAGUCCGCCGUGGGGCCAGCGCAGGAGCCCGGAGCGGGCAGGAGCGCCGGUCAUCGUGGAGCACGAUCACGGCAUGGGCAGGGAGCCGGCCAGCGGGAGGCGGGGCUACGACCACGACUGCGGUCACGGCAACGCGCACGCGCGGGAAGGCCCCUCGGAGAGGUACCCGCGGGAGCGUGGGCCACAAGGCCGAGGCGCAGCCAGCGCCCACCAGGACGACGCCACCCCCCAGCGCUUCCAGGGCAGGAGAAGCCCCCCCCUGAGCGACAGGAGGCAGGGGAAGGCGCCCCAAAAUUACCCCCGACCCCGCGAUUCGCAGGGCUUCCUGAAGCAGCUGGCUCCCGCCGCAAACGGAGACGUGGACCUCAGGCGGAUGGAUCCUCUCGGAGACAGGGAGCUGGGCUCUCCCCCGCGGGCCUCGGCCGUGUUCAAGGGGCAGCAGGGCAAACAGCUAAAGAAGAUGAGGUACCGCCGCCGGGGGGCCAGGCCCCCCACCCCGGACACCCCCCACAGGGCUCCCCCCCACAGGGCUCCCCCCCAGGAGACCCUCACCAUCAAGGUCGAUGUGCAGCGCCCCGCGGCCCAGAACAGCACCUCCUGCUUCUCCUCUGACAGACAGCUGUCUCUCGACCUGGUCAACGUUGGGCGGCAGCGCCUGGACUUCCUGCCCAUGCUGGAGCAUUCGGGUGCCAACAGAGAGACCACGUUGCAUUCUGGGACAUUCGCCCAGGAAAUUAUUACUUUGGUGCACCAAGUCAAAGAAAACUACUUUAAGGGAGAAGGCGUAACUCUGAACGAGCGCUUCUCCAGUGUCCAGAGUGGUCAGUCUGAGGACGAUGGGGGCCCAUCCGGUAGUCCUGUAAUACACAGACUGAUCAAUGUGUCCCAGUCAGAAUUAAAACCACAGCCAGUAUUCAAGAGGGUCGGGUCCAUGCAGCAGCGGAAGCGGCAGCUUGCUGACGACCCCUGUGACCUUCGGCACGACCUGGAGCGACGGAGACAGGAAAGGCUGGAGGGGGUGAAGGUGACGAUUCCCGGGGGAAGCUUCUCACAGCGCCCCCUGCUGGGCGGGAGUGUUCUGAGUGAGGAUGAGGAGGGUGACGAAGAGGGUUCCUGUGGGCAGAGCUGGGCUGCGGAGGGGGUGGAGAGUGCAGCUGAGCAGUGGGGGGGAGAGCCGGGGAGAGCCGGGCGGAAGAGGCCUGCUUUUGUGCGGCAGGGUGCUGGAGCUCGGGGAAAAUCCCGCCGGCAGCAGGUCCACCCGAAGCAGCAGAGACAGCAGAGACCGAGCAGCCAGCGUGAAUCAGGCGGCAGCUGGUAGAAGGAAGGCCACAAAGGUCAAAGCUGAAGAAAUGCGUGGGAAGGCUGGUGCCUCUCAGUUCUGGAGCUCUGUGGUGUGCAGCGCAGAGGAGCUUUGGAGCCAGUGCAUCUGAACGUGGACGCCACCGUAGGGACAGAGCCACAGGGACCAGAGUAACGCUGAAAUCCAGCUCGACCCGCGGGAAGCUGGGUUUCCAUCAGCUCCACAGACAGCCGGGCUGCACCGCUGCUGGACCCUGAGGAGGAAGGAGGUAGAGCUCCAUGCUGAGAAAGCAACACUUACUUUCACUUGUGUUAAACCCUAAACCCUGAAUCCUAAAGGCCGCGGUGACUGAGUGUCCUCAUCUCUUCUGAUCUCCGUUAAUGUUGUUUUUGUGUCGCUGUUUGGUUUGUUUUGGUGACUGCCUCCUGGCACCGCAUGGUGCUCUCACCGGGCCGUACGUUUGGUUUUGGUGUAUGAGAGAGUUCUGAGCCUCUCGUGAUGUUCCGAAACUAUAAUAAAGAUUAUAUUUUA